CAGGGGAGGAAGAGGAGGGGUGAAGAAACAACAGGCCGGCUGCAGAGAGAGAGAGAGGGUGAGAGAGAGAGAAUCAGACUGAAUGUAGCAGAUGCUGCCUUAGAUUAGAGUUUUCUCCUGGUUUAUAAACAAACACACACCAUCAUCAUCAUCAUCAUCAUCAUCAUGGGCCAGCUGCUCUCAUCAGAAGAAGAGUGUUCUCAAGUGAAGGAAGCACUCGGCUCCCUCCUCUUCAGCGCCAUGCUGGAAGGUGGAGCUGUGCCUGACCUCGGAGUUGUGCACCCUCUCCUCUUGGCCAAUCACCAGGAGAGUUUUGACCCCCAGGACCGCCUCCAGGAACAACUGCGAGAGCUGCAGGGCAACAUUGGGAACAGGGCGCCCGCCUACCUGAAGGAUCUGAUUGGCAGAUUGACAACCUUCUCGGAUGAGCCGCGCCUGGCCGGAUUGCUGGGAUUGGUGGUUACUAUGGUGAUGGAUAUGGCUUACACGUCAUCAAGACAGUCGUCGGGGGUGAAAGGGAAGUCAGCGGGGUCAUCGUCCUGCCAGCAGAGAGUGUGGGAGCUGCAGGAGGUGAUGGAGGAGUACCUGAAGCGCUGCAGGAUCAACCUGAGCGACAAAAACAGGCUCAUCCAGGACGCCGUCCGACUUGAGGGGCAGCUCAGCCUCACCCUCACUCAGCUGAAGACCUGUCUGCUGGGGGGAGACUGCGACUCCAGGUCUCUGAGGCACUGGGCCAGUGGUGCAGCGUUUCACACCCAGAUGUUGGUUCACCUGGCUGGACUCGAAUGUCAGGUGGAGCCCCGCGCUGCGAGGGCGGCGCUGGAGCAAUACAAGGAGGACCUCACACAGAUCAUACCUGCUUACAGGAGGUAUAAGUCCAACACCGUGUGUGUUGCGAAAUGUCGUGGGGGUCUUCCUGUGUCAUGUGACCCCUCCAAAGAGAUGCUAGAGGAGGGGUCCAUGACGGGACUCACUGUGAUGGACAGAGAGACAGGAAAGAGUGUGACGCUCCCUCUGUCCACCUUGGAGACAGAAUUAGGGAGGAGGAGAGUCUCUGGGUCCUCCUCCAUCAACCUGGACCUGAUCACCUCAGAUCAAUACACCCAGGCGUAUUUGGAGCAUCUGUUCUCUGACGAGGGACCUGUGGCCAAGCUGCAGAGCUACUUUAAUAAGACCAGCGACCAUUUGCAAACGCUUAGAACUCAACUGGGAUGUACAAACAAGACCAGGGCGAGAGACGGGAAAGAUGGAAGCGAUGGGGUGCGUCUUCAAGAGCAGGCAGAGGGAGCACAUGAGGAGCAAAGAGAGGACACGGCCAGAGGUGAUAAACAAGACAAGAUGGAGACGAGAGGAAGAAGAGAGGAGAUGAAGGAACUCGAUCAAAGAGAUGAAAGUUUGAAAGUGAGCAUCACUGAGACGCAGCCGGAGGAAAGCCUCAUUCACGGACCGUCAAGUACAUAAAAGCAGUGGACACGGCAGCAGCCAUAUUACAAGAUGUCAGUUCACCACUGAAGAGGAAACAGAAGUGGAACUCAGAAACUUUUUAUCAAUCAUGAAGCAAACCAUUGAGAAAGAUAUAGAGGCGUUGGAAGUGGCUCCUGGAUAGAAGGUGAAGAGCAGCUCUACUGAUUUAUCUGCAAUGCUGCAAAAUGACUUCAGCUGUGGCCAAAUAUGAAGUUAAUAUGUGAAGUCAGUAUAUUUGUGAAAGCUUUAGAAGAUGUCAGAAAAGUAUAUAUUGUAAAUUUGACUGAGAAUCUUAUAGUUAUAUCCAUAGGCUGUAAAUAAAGAUCUGUACUGCUGCCAGCCACCAGGGGGCUAUCCAAAUGAUAUGGCUUCCAUUUUGGGAAUCAUAUCGUCCAUCCUUAUAUUCAGUCUAUGGCUUCAUGAUUGAGGGUCUGUGAGUCGUUCACUAGGUUUAAAAACACAUUAAUCUAUUGUUAAGAGAUGACCAGGGUUAAAUCCUGUGUUUGCUUUCUGCAUAUGUUCUAUAAAAAAUGUAAUUGUCACACAAAGAACUGUUUACUUCAGCUUUCAAGAUACUUUUAACUACCACACGUUUUAUAUCAACUAAGAUGAAUCAAGUAAUCGUACGUGUCAAAGUCUUGAAUCCCUUUGAUAAAAGAAACUAAAUGCUGUGUAAGUCAAAAGUCAUGCAACAAACCAGCCUAUAAUAUAUUUAACUUUCCUCUGUUGUGGUGUAAAAUGCUCUUUAACUGGUGUAAACUGUCGUUGGCCCUUUAAAUUAACAGUAAAAUCAUGAAUGUUG